UAUAGAUUUCACGGUAUGUCAUUUACGGCCAAACAAAACAAUAAUAAACGAUUCAUGGAAUUGAUGGACGAUAUUAAGGAAACACAAUGGGAAGAUGGAACCGAUCAGUGGAUCGUUAGAUUAAAUGGUAUGAAGAAAUUCGGACCACGAGAUAUUAACCGGUUGAUAAAGCGAAAUCCAGAAAAGUAUCAUAAUAACGUACACGUUAAAAAAUUAUUGGAGUUCUUUAGUGAUGCUGAUAAUAAUUUACGCCGAACAAUGAACACGAGAAGUCCCCUAUCGGUGUUAUGUCAUGGUGACUUCUGUCGAAAUAACAUCUUGUUCAAGUACAAUGACGAUAAUCGACCAAUUGCUACGAUUUUAUUAGAUCAUACUAAUAUUAGGUAUGGAUCUCUAGCUCUUGACUUGUCAUUCUUUUUAUUCCUCAAUACCGACCGACAGCUUCGUUUAAAUCGAUGGGACCAGCUAUUGGACGUAUACUGCGAAUCGUUAGCCGCAUCAGUUCCUAGUGGAAUUAAUGUGCCUGACCGCAAAAGUGUGGAGGCUGAAAUGUCCAAACACGCAGUGUACGGGUUGUCGUAUAUAUCCUUUUUCUUGCGAACAAUGAUGAGAGAUGAAAAUGAAUUAGACAUGAAUACAUUUAAUCAAAAUAACAUGGAAGAAUGGUUUGAAGGUUUAAUGAGUCUU